AUGUACGAAAUCGAGCAACCAAAUAUCGACUGGGAAAUCAGUUCAGAAAGUUCGGCUGAUACUAUCAGUGAAGAACCUGUCUUAGUGCAGCAGGAGAAUGAAAAAGAUGACGCGAUUGAAGAGUUUGAUAUGGAAUCCGGUGAUGGUCAAUUUAUAUCUCAAAAUGAACUAGUUGUCACGAUAGAUAAGAAGGAUGAAGAAAUGAGUGAGACAUCGAAUAGCGAUGAAGUUGAAUCCGAAACAACUCAUGAUUUUCUUGAUGUUGCUAGUUUGUUACACCCGUCAUUGGAGCAACAAGAACCGGGGCAACGUCAAGAACUACAUGAACCGACCGUUUGUCAUGAGUAUCUUAAGCAGAAAUCUAAUCAACAAAAACAACAGGAUCAACAGGAACAACCAAAUUUAUCGUUUAAAGAAUUUUCGACAAAGGUCGAACAAGUCAUUCAAAAAUGCCAUAAUGUUAUUGCCGACAAUCCAGAGAUGCUCGCCACGGCGAAUUCAGUAUUAGAUGAUGUUUUGGAAAAUACUCCGAUGUAUAUCGAAUUUGUAUUGAAUAUGCUAAAGUCAGUAAAGAAUCAAUGUGCUAGCACUAAUUCGUCAAAUGACACUUCAGCUUCUCAACAUGACCAAGAUGGGAAUCCUUCCGACAUGCCCGGUAGCUUUCCUAGUGGUUCUACACCUGUAUUCCAAUUUUUGCCUGGAAACCAUCAUCCGAUCACUCCACUUACUUUGCCAAAGCCGGUCACUUCUCUCCCUCCAUUUCCUGGUAGUUUCCCAUUGACAAAUAAUGAAAGUCAGGAUUCAAAUUCUACUUUGGAUCGCGAACUAGAAUACCUUCAUGAGAUGGGUUUUACGGACAGGGAGCAAAACCUCAGCCUUCUUCGGCAACAUAAUGGUGAUAUAGAAUCUGUCAUUGAAAAUAUCAUAUCUCAAAAGGACAGCGUUGGAUCUUCCUCAUCUGCAUCACUUUUCUGUCGACGAGAUAGAUCAAUACUUAACCAACCAGAGCGACGUAGGGGGAUGAAGCCAUAUUGGCAAUGGAACAAUGACAAAGAGAAAGACUCCUGUUUGCGAAGAGACGAAAAUAAUGAACGUGUAACUUCAACAUCUUUUCGUCUUCCUAGCAUUAACGUUGCCAAUGAUAGGGGGCGUUUUCCUCGGCACCGAUCAAGGCAUCAAAGAAUUCCUGAAGUAUUUGAGCAAGUGAGAUGGGAAACAGAAGAAGAUAUGCCGCAAAGAUCUGGAAUGUAUGAUUAA